AUGCCUAGGAAGAAGUGUCUAGGUGGCUUUGGGAAUUGUACGAAGGAUUAUCCAUCGCUUUCAAGGUCUUCAUUAGACAAGUCAGUACCCGGUGCAACUGAUUUAGGCGGAGAUAGCGUUUUAGGCUUCGGAGAAGAGCCUACAAGCCCCGUAAAGGGUACACUAAAGCCCCUGUCGACCUGUCAUAAUGCAUCACUAAAUUAUGAGUCUUCUCGAUUCCGUAAAACGCCCAACAAUGACACCAGUUACCGCAAGUCUCUGUCUCUCAUUCAAUCACAGUACACUCGGGUCCUCAACACGUGA